UUUCACACACAGUGAAUGCCAACGUUCUUAUGUUGGCUCAAGACAUUUAGCGGUUUCAAACAUGGUUUGUUUCACGUCUAAUCGACAGAAACAGCAAAUCUGCAGACCUUCGUUGAUGGAGCAGCAGUGAACUCACAGGGGGCAAUAGAAAACUGGAUGGGAUCAUCUGUGUUCUGCUAGCAACAUGGACCUCGGACUUCCAUUUAGUUCUGUCUGUGCUGAAACACAACAGGUGGACCUGAGAGUGAUGGUGAAAGAAGAAGAUAUAAAAGAGGAGGAAUAUGAUCACAUGAUUUCAUGUCCAGAUGAAGAAGAAAAGCCCUUUGCAGAGUUUAAAUCUGAAACAGACACCACAGAGUCACCAAGGUCUACUUACAAAGAAAUACUACAGACCACAGUGAAGACUGAAGUGAAGAAAGAGGAAGAAGAGGAGGAGGAAGAUGGAGAGGAGGAGGAAGAAGAAGAAGAAGAAGAAGAAGAAGAGGAGGAGGAGGAGCAGCAUGAACAUCUGCUGGAAAGUGUAUCUGAACAUCCACAUACAAGGCAACAGAAGAUCCACGGACAGAAUGAUGAACUCAACCUGCAACAUGAAGGAAGGCUGCACCACUGCACCGUCUGCAGGAAGAACUUCACGGCCCUGACAGAACUCGAACAACACCAGCAAACACACUCCGUUAUGGUGAAUCAAAAGAGGUCUCGCAAAAAGCCAAGUAGAUAUUCUCAGUGUGAAAAAGCCUCCUCAGUAAUUAAGCGCCACAAGCCUCAUGAAUGCACUCAGUGUGGAAAAGGUUUUUCACACAGCUCAAGCCUUUCACGCCACAUGCUUGUACACAAAGGAGAGAACUAUCGUAAAAGACACAGACACACUGGAGAGAGGCAUCAUAUAUGUGUCCAGUGUGGAAAAUCAUUUUCAAAAAAUUCAAAUCUGAAAGUCCACAUGCUUAUACACACUGGAGAGAAGCCUCAUAAAUGUGUCCAGUGUGGAAUAUCAUUUCGAGCGUUCCAAGAUCUUCAACGCCACGUGCUUAUACAUACCGGAGAGAGGCCUCAUAUAUGUGUCCAGUGUGGAAAAACAUUUUCAAGAAGUUCAAAUCUGAAAGUCCACAUGUUAGUACACACUGUAGAGAAGCCUCAAAAAUGUGUCCAGUGUGGAAAAGGAUUUAGGUCAGCCCAGCGUCUUCAAUGCCAUAUGCUUUCAAAUCACGAUGAGAUCAUAUGUUGUCAUAUAUGUGCCCAUUGUGGAAAAUCUUAUAGUACGUCCCAAGAUUUACAAAGCCACAUGCUUAUACACACUGGAGAUAAGCCUCACAAAUGUGUCCAGUGUGGAAAAGCUUUUUCAGCAACGUCUAGUCUUAAACGUCAUAUGCUAUUUCACACUGAAGGGAAGCCCCAUAAAUGUGUCCAGUGUGGAAAAGCAUUUACACUAAUUUCAAAUCUUAAAUGGCACAUGCAAAUACACACUGGAGAGAAGCCUCAUAAAUGUGUCCAGUGUGGAAAAGCAUUUCUGCACUCUUCAAAGCUUGAAAGCCACAUGCUUACCCACACUGGAGAGAAGCCUCAUAAAUGUGUGCAGUGUGGAAAGUGUUUUUCAGCAAUGUCUAGUCUUAAAGUCCAUAUGCUACGACACACUGGAGUGAAGCCCCAUAAAUGUCUCCAGUGUGGAAAAACAUUCACACUCAUGGCAGCUCUUAAAGUUCACAUACUAAGGCACAGUGAAAUAAAGACUUAUGUAUGUGCCUACUGUGGAAAAGCUUUUAGACAAAGUUCAAAUCUUAAAACCCACAUGUUUAUGCACACUAGAGAGAAGCCUCAUGAAUGUGCCCAGUGUGGAAAAGCAUUUCCACACCCGUCAAGGCUUAAAAAACACAUGCUUACUCAUAUUGAAAAGAGUCCUCUUGAAUGUGCUCAGUGUGGAAAAGCAUUACUGACCCCUUCAAAGCUUAAAAAACACAUGCGUAUACACGCUGAAAAGAAGUGUAAAUGUGACCAGUGUCAAAUAUCUUUUUCAGCAAUAUCUAGUCUUAGACGUCAUAUGCUACUUCACACUGAAGGGAAGCCCCAUAAAUGUAACCAGUGUGGAAAAGCAUUUACACUAGUUUCUAAUCUUAAUUGGCACAUGCGAAUACACACUGGAGAGAAGCCCCAUAAAUGUGUCCAGUGUGGAAAAGCAUUUCUGCACCAUUCGGCGCUUCGCACCCACAUGCUGAGUCACACGGGAGAGAAGCCUCAUGAAUGUGCUCAGUGUGGGAAAAAGUUCUCGGUGAUGUCCAGUCUUAGACGCCACAUGAUGCUACACACUGGAGAGAAGGGUCAUGAAUGUGUCCAGUGUGGAAAAGCAUUUCCGUCCCCUUCAAAGCUUAAACGCCACAUGCUAACACACACCGGAGAGAAGCCUCAUAAAUGUCUUCAUUGUGGAAAAGGUUUUUCAGAAAUGUCUAGUCUUAGACGCCACAUGCUUACUUACACUGGAGAGAAGCCCCAUAAAUGUGUCCAGUGUGACAAAGCAUUUGUGCACCCUUCAAAGCUUAAAAUCCAUAUGCGUACUCACACUGGAGAGAGGCCUCAUAAAUGUGUUCAGUGUGGAAAAGGUUUCUCAAUAACGUCUAGUCUUAAAACCCACAUGCUGACUCACACUGGAGAGAAGCCUCAUAAAUGUGUUCAGUGUGGAAAACGUUCUUCAACAUUGUCUAGUCAUAAAUCCCAUAUGCUGACUCACACUGGAGAGAAGCCUCAUAAAUGUGUCCAGUGUGGAAAAUGUUUUUCAGCAACAUCUAGUCUUAAAAUCCAUAUUCUAAUUCACACUGGAGAGAAGCCUCAUAAAUGUGUCCAGUGUGGAAAAUGUUUUACAGCAUUGGCUAAUCUUAAACAGCAUAUGCGAUUACAUAAUCGACACUCAUGAAUGUGCCUAUCCAAGAACCUUAUACCACAUGGUGACAAACUGAUAACUUCAAAAGUUCUGACUUUUUAUAAAUGUGUCCAGUGUGGAAAAGCUUUCACAGAAACGGCAAGUCUUAAAAUCGACAUACUAAUGCUUUUAUUUGUUAUUACUGUUUGAUUUUGUUUGCGUAAAGCACAUUCAAUGACCCCUGUGUGUGAAAUGCGUUAAAUAAAUAAACUCGACUUGACUCCU